AUUAAAAUAGUGUCGCACCCAUCUUAAAAUUGAAAAGUUGAGAACCUGGUUUUCUCUCUGAUCUAUCUAUGACGCAAUAGGCCGUAGAGCUUUUCGGUGCUAAAUCUUGCAAAAUUGAGAAAAUUUUGUGUGAACGAUAAAAAGUUAAUACUCCAAAAUGUUGCGGCUUGUAGCAGGACGUGUAGGAUCAGCUGUUCGCGGACUCGCAACUCCAAGAGUUGCGACUGUUGGUGUUCAAGCAAGAAAUAGUUCACACAAAGAAGAGACGGAUGAGGAAUUUGAUGCAAGAUUUGAAAAUUAUUUCAAUCGUCCAAAUAUUGAUCAUUGGGAAAUCCGAAAAGCGAUGGGUGAUUUGGCUGCCUCUGAUCUGGUGCCAGAACCUAGAAUAAUCAUCGCUGCGUUAAAGGCAUGUCGACGAUUGAAUGACUAUGCACUGGCCGUCAGAUUUCUCGAAGUCGUCAGGUACAAAGGAGGCGAACAUGCAAAAGUUAUCUGGCCUUAUGUUAUACAAGAGAUAAAGCCUACUUUGGAUGAAUUGGGUAUUCUGACUCCAGAAGAAAUGGGUUACGAUAAACCAGAAUUGGCUCUUGAAAGACCUUAAAUAUUUCAAUAAACAACAAAAUAAUAAUUAGUCUUAUUUAAAUUCGGUGUAUUAUUGCACUGGUGAUCAUAAACUAGUUUGUUUAAUUAAAAAUAAAUCAAUGUAAGUACCUUGUUAAAAUCACUGAGUUUAAAAUUUCAAUAAAAAAAUAAGUAAAAUAA